AUGAAGCUCCAGUCGACCGUCGCGUGCCUGCUCAGCACACUCUGUGUUGUCGCGGCCAAAGUACCGACGGUGUGGCUCGCAGGCGAUUCGACCACGGCUCCGGACGGAGGCAAAAACGGCACUCAGGGUUGGGGCCAGUACUUGAAGUACUCGUUGGGUGAUCGAGCGUUGGUCAACAACUCUGCGUUUGCAGGACGUUCUGCACGGUCGUUCACGCGCGAAGGCCGCUUCGAGCGCAUUGCUCAGGGCCUGCAGCCAGGCGACUGGGUGGUCAUUGAGUUCGGGAUCAACGAUGCGGGGGCUCCGAAGAACGGAUCCACGAGCACGACUGGGGACAAGGGCCGACCGAGUUGUCCCGGUGAAGGUAAUGAGACCUGCACUGUGGAUUUCAACAACACCACCGAGAUUGUGCAGACGUUUCCUACAUACGUGAAGGCAGCGGCGCAGAAGUAUCUCGACCUGGGAGCUGCAGGUAUAGUCAUUGCUGAGCAGCUGCCGACAAAUGUCUGGGAGUCGGGCAGCUACACGUACAGGUCGCCGGUCUUCGCUUACUACAGCGAGUUGGCUACAAUCGAACUCGGCGGUCCAGCGUCCAAUGUGUUCUUCGUUCAGCAUGGAGCCUACGCCGCACAAGCGCAGAAGUUGCUCGGGAAGGCUGUCGUGGAUACGAACUACCCAAUGGAUCACACGCAUACAGCUCCGUUCUUGGCAGAUGUUCAUAGUCAAGCUUUCGUCCUUGGGUUGAAGUGUGGAACGAGUCCCCUGGCGAACCUGAUCGUCAAUGCAACCGCACGCAUCGAGCAGGAAAGAGGCCCUUGUCUGCCUGCGAAUGCGACUCUGCCGAUUUGAGCAACUACGGUUUGAAAAAUAAGAAAUGUCGUGUUCGUGUAGGUAGUCUGUAGUGUGUGAGUGCGACUGUAAGAUUCGGCGGGUAUGUUCGG